CGUGAGAACACGGAGACGACACGGAAACGUGACACGACGAACACACCGUGAUCCCCCCGCCUUCUGUCUGGAGACAGCGUUACUACAACUACACCUCAGCCAUGGCGUCAGACAUGUAUCCAUGUUUGCCCAAAGGCUCGUUACCAAGCGACGAGGUCUCGCUGGAAACACUAGAUCAGGAACUAGACCUGGCCCCUUCACUUCUCGAUCUGGCGUCCCCUCACCAAACGAAGGUUCUCAAGUGGAAGGCAUCGCGCAGCUGUAGCCGGUCAUAUGAUGCCCGAUACAAGCAGACGAAGACGGACAAGUUUCUUAACAGAAACGCCAUCAUCAAACACGCGCUGAGAAAACUCAGUGACUCCCUGUCGGCCUGCCACUGUUCGACUUCCUGCUGCGUAAACUUCAUCAGCCGAGUCUUCCCUUUCCUCAACAUAAUGCGGGGAUACAGCGUCCUGUACGACUUCCCCAAUGACCUUGUAGCAGGCCUCACUGUCGGCAUCAUGCAUAUCCCUCAGGGUAUGGCGUAUGCCCUGCUGUCUCAGCUGCCUCCAGUAUACGGACUAUACACGUCGUUCUUUCCAGUCCUUGUCUACUUCAUAUUCGGAUCGUCCAGACACAUUUCUGUUGGUACGUUCGCAGUGAUCAGCCUGAUGGUGGGGGCUGUAGUUGACAAGGGAACGGUUGCUUGGAAGCGGCAGGACUUGGCUCAAGUCCACAAUGUGACGUCUCAAAGCAUGCUGGGUAACAUGACAUUGUUAGAAUACCACGAAGAAAGACUGGAGUACAUCAAGGUGUCCUACGCUAUGUCUGUCACCUUGGCAGUGGGUGGUAUGCAGCUGGUCCUGGGCAUCCUCCGGCUCGGCUUUCUGACGACGUUCCUGUCCGACCCUCUCAUCAGCGGCUUCACGACGGGGGCCGCAAUCCACGUGUUCUCCAGCCAGGUCAAGUCCGCGUUCGGAGUCCGCAUCGGUCGAUACAGCGGUCCAUUCAAACUCAUUUACGCCUACCAGGACUUCUUCAGUAAACUAUCUCAAAUCAACUGGGUUACCAUGACAGCAACAGUCGUCUGCAUCUUGGUGCUUGUGCUGGUCAAGGAGGGAAUUAACAACAACAAAGACUGCAAGAAGACACUCAAAGUUCCUAUUCCAACCGAGCUGAUUGUGGUGAUCGCGGCCACUGUUAUAGCAUACUACGUGGAUAUUAAACAGGAGUUCGACGUCGACAUUCUCGGACACAUUCCCAGAGGACUGCCUUCUGUAGACAUCGCCAUGCUUCGCUUUGCUCCGGAACUAGUGGGCGAAGCGUUUGCCAUCUGUUUUACAGCAUUCGCCAUUUCGUUUGCCAUGGCUAAAAUCCUGGCAGAUAAACACAAUUAUACUGUUGAUGCUAACCAGGAGCUGGUGGCCCACGGGCUAUGUAACGUCGUCGGCCCUGUCUUCUCCUCGUUCUGCAGCGCCGCCUCUUUGUCUCGCAGCGCCGUGCAGGAAGACGUCGGCGGGAAAACACAGGUCACCAGCCUCGUUUCCAGCUGCCUUGUUCUUGUGGUUUUGUUGGCACUGGGGCCAUAUUUCAGAACUCUACCCAACUGUAUUCUGUCCGCUAUUAUCAUCGUAUCGUUAAAAGGACUAUUCCUUCAGUUUGGAGAAUUGGGACGACUGUGGAAAGUAUCGAAGAUUGAUUUCACUGUGUGGCUUGUCGUGUUUGUCAGCACCAUCCUGCUGGACGUGGACCUCGGCCUGCUGGUGGGAAUCAUCUACAACCUCGUGCCAAUCCUGCUCCGCACGCAGAGACCACACUGCUUGUUGUUGGGUCACGUGGCCGGAACUGACGUGUAUGUGGACAAGAAAACCCACCAUGAGGCCCGGGAUAUUCCAGGAAUUAAGAUUUUCCGAUUUGAAGCACCUCUGUAUUUUGCAAACAUGGAAUACUUCCGCCAGAUGCUCAUCAAGGAAACUGGUCUGGACCCCAAUGAACUGCAUCACCAACAUCGGCAUGAACGUCAAGCUAGUGCAACCGCGCGACACCACGAGGUGUGUCUGGCAGCGACAGACACGUGGUCGGAGCAGCCAUGUGACGGUCACGUGCACGACAACCUGGUUGCUAGGAAACAGAAGCUGCAGGUGCUGGCUGAUGACCAGACGGAGGAGGUGACAUAUGCCAUCAUCCUGGAUGGGUCGACGAUCCAGUACGUGGACUCCAUGACGGUCAGAAUCCUGCUGGAGAUCAUCAAGGUGUACAAAACUGUCGAUAUUGACGUGUAUCUCGCAGAGUGCAAGGCUGAUGUGAGAGUGAUGCUGGAGAAGUCGGGGAUCUACAAACACAUUCACCGCCGACACGUCUGUGCCACCAUCCACCACGCAGUCAUGUGUGCUCAGAGGUCAAAGUCCAUCUCUCUAGACACGCUCGCCAGCACCUCCACACCUACCGCUGAUGACGUGGUCGUUGUUGACCUUCCUGAGGACGACGACGCCGGUUCAUAUUUAUAAUUUCUGCUGCCAACUCCCAUCAACUACACCAUGAAGGGGACACAACCACAUGGACUGUAGUGCCAAUCGCAUUCUUUGCUACUGCCGACUGCUUUGAAACAAUUCACUUGUAAAUAUAUAACAUGAAUUGUGAUGUUCGUUGAAAUUACUAUCAUGAUAGUGUUUUAUAACAGUUCAUUUCA